AUAGUAGGUUUAAAGAUAAUAAAAGGUCUAUAUUAUCAUCAGAAGUUAGUUCAAAAAAUGGUUCAAUAAGUGGUUUGAAAAGUAGUUCAAAAAGUAGUUCAGCUGAUUUAGAAGAUUCAAUAAAACAAGGUGGCAAAGAAUUUGUAUUAAAAGAUUCAGAAUAG